ACUCAACGCCUCCAAUAACAAACCAAAACCAAUACUACUUUUUUUUAAAAAAAAUUCUUAGUUUCGUGAGAGAGAUGGAGAAAGUGAAUCGAAAUUCGAACUGGGUCAGAGGGGCUUGUAUAGGAAGAGGUUCAUUUGGCACCGUCAGUCUCGCCGUCGACAAAUCGGACGGUCAUGUUUUUGCCGUCAAGUCGGUGGAUCAGAGCUUAUGUCUGAGUUCUCAGCUGGAGGCGUUGGAGAACGAAAUUCAAAUUCUCCGAUCACUUUCGUCCCCGUACGUGGUGGAGUAUGUCGGCGACGACGUGACGACGUCGUUCCGGAACUUAUAUCUGGAGUACUUGCCAGGUGGCACCGUUGCUGAUUUGGCAAAGUGUUCCGGCGCUGCUGACGCGGACGAGGGAAUUAUACGGUCGUACACGUGGUGCGUCGUCUCGGCGUUGCGUUACGUUCACUCGAAAGGCCUUGUGCAUUGUGACGUCAAGGGAAAGAACGUCUUGGUGGGGUCCACACCCGGGAUGGCGAAGCUGGCUGAUUUCGGUUCGGCGAUCGAUUCAACCGCUGCGAUCACUCCACGUGGGAGUCCGCUGUGGAUGGCGCCGGAGGUGAUCCGGCGGGAACACCAGGGGCCGGAAUCUGACGUCUGGUCGCUGGGGUGUACCGUCAUCGAGAUGAUCACCGGAAAGCCGGCGUGGGAGGACCGAGGCGCCGACACGCUGUGUCGAAUCGGUUACUCGGACCAGUUGCCGGAGCUCCCGACUCAGCUGUCGGAACUCGGUCGUGACUUCCUCGACAAGUGUCUCCGGAGAGAUCAUACCAAGCGGUGGAGCUGUGAUCAGCUGCUGCGUCACCCAUUCAUGUCAUCAUCGUCACCGUCCGAUUCGAUUACUCAUUCAUCCCCUCGUUGUGUUCUCGAUUGGUUCAAUUCAGAGUUGUCCGACGAAGAUAACGAAGAAAUUACUCAAAGUACGAACAGUAAAUUACAAUUUCAUGAAAACUCCGCUAGAGAAAGAAUGGGUGAAUUAGCUACAAACGCAGGGGCAAAUUGGGAAUCUGAUGGUUGGUUAGUGGUGAGGAAUUUGAUCAGUGAAAGAGAGGAAGUUUCAGAUGCGUGUUGUAGUGGUGGUGUCCAAGAAAGGACAAGUUCGGAAUAUCCGGAAUUGAUUAGCACAGACGAGGAAAUUUCGAGGAUAAAUUCGGAAUAUUAUAAUAAUUACAUUGUGGUUGAACAGGAAAUUGAGAGGACAAAUUGGGAAUAUGCUGAUUUCGGUGGUGGCGGCAGUGAUGAGUCUAAUAUGGGUGGUUGGGGAGGGGUGGAAGCUGGUUCGAGCUGUCCGUAUGGGUCGCAAGAGAGGGAUUGGACAGUGGAUAAGUGUCCAAAAGACUUUACAACUGUUGUACUUGUUUUAUCAUUAUUUUUAUUGUAUGUCACAGUAACACUUUGUAUUUUAAUCUUAUUAUAUACAUUAUUUACGUUUUAUAUCAGACUUCAAACUUUGCAUGUGACAAUUCAAUGUUUGCUUGUGAAAUGGUAUGGUGGCAUGAAAAUUGCUCAUCUGGCCGUGGUGCUGGUGUUAGAAGGCAGCGGUGGUGGCAAUGGUGGAAGAAGGCAGCAGUGGUGUUGGCGGAAGGCGGCAGUGGUGUUGGCGGAAGGCAGUGGCAGUAGUAUGGUGGUUGUGGUGGAAAGAAAUAGAGGUGUAUGUGACGGUAGUGGAAGCCAGUGGAAGUGA